ACCAGAACCUCCAGCAGGAGGCAGCAGAGCACCGUAGUCUGUAGGAACACUGAUCCUGGGUCAGCUGUAGUCAGGUGAGACAGGUAAGAACUAGAUCCAGGUUGUUUAAUGGAGGAGAGUCGCACAAAAACACUUUAAUAAAAUCAGUUUAUUUCCAUGUUAUCUCAGGUUUUAAUGAGAAUGUUCUAAACGUGUGGAUCAGUGUAAUGCUGGUUUAGUUUUAUAUGAAUCUAACUGUUAGACAUGAACUGCCUCUUUUUAUUUCACUAUAAACCUUCUGAGAUGUGAAUUCCUGCAGUAGAAGCGGGAGUGAAACUGUGUGAACCAGUAGAACAGCAUCUCUGUGGUUUGGACUGUGGUUCAUGUUUGGAAUGAAGGCGAGUUCAAACCUGAAGCCUCACACAGUCAGAGGAGGAUUUUAUUCAUCUCAGCUGGUUAAUGUGGCUGUAGACUCCUGCUGACUUUAAACUCUCCUCCUCUGUAGAUUCAAACAGCUGCAGUUCAUAAACCUGAAGUCUCCUUCAGUCAUGUUUAAAUGCCUUUAUCUUCUUUAUCUUAUCUUUAAUGGGACUGAGAGGACACAGACAUUUAUCUCUCUGCAUUAAAGAUGUACGACGUAUUAAAGCGUCACUAAUGCAGAAUAAGAUGAUGGAUCUCAUCAUGGAACGAUAUGAGGACGAUCUCAGGUCCUUUCACUUGGAUGGUUAGUGGAAAUAACUCAGAAUCUGUCCUAAACUACUCACAACCUGUUUGAAAUGACUUAAAACUGGACUGAAAUGAGUCUAAACUGGUCUAAAAUGUGUGUAAAUUUGUCUAAAAUGACUUCUCUAACUCUCUUAGGGUCAUUCCGUGUGGUUUCACCAGAUGGUGGUUUCUGUACCAUUUUCAAAUUAGUCCUAAAUGUGUAUGCCAUUAGACACUCACAAAAGUACUUUCUAUGCUAAAUUGUAGGCCUGUAGCUCAAAUAGUUUCUGAGUUGUGGGGGUCUGAAAUUUUCAGAAUUUGGGCUAUAAAAAGCCUCGCCAGCGUUUUUUGCAUCUUUCAGUGGUUAUUUGUCAGCCUCUAGACAUACCAGAGAGCUGUGAGUUGGUAAACAAGGCCUCUGCAUGUAGCUAGUGCCCCACAAACAUCCCCAGGUGUUUCCCUACACUCUGCAGGCCGUGGGGGCUUCCUAAAAAUGAUAAAAAAUUAAGAGACACCUACUCACGAGUGGAGUUUGGGACCUUAAAAGUACUAGAAAUACUGCACAGAAGUGUUCUAACACCCCUGGGUUCCAUUCUACACAAACUUGUGUGAUAACUUAGCAAACUGGAGCUUUCUAGGUACCUCAGUUUGGAAAAUAUGAGCUCCCAAAGUUGGACGAGAUUUUUAAUUGGCUAUUUUUGGUGGCAAAAAUCUCAGUGUGGGACAGGUACCAGAGACCCCAAAUUUUUCUACAAGACAGUUCCAUCUGUCUUCUAUCACUGCACAAAAAGGUAUACCUUUAUUAGCAUCUGAUGCUAAUAUUAGCACUGAGCAGCGUUUUACUAGCAGCCCUCCGUUAGCGUGUGAUGCUAAUAUUGGCACUGAGCAGCGUUUUACUAGCAACCCUCCGUUAGCGUCUGAUGCUAAUAUUGGCACUGAGCAGCGUUUUACUAGCAGCCCUCCGUUAGCGUCUGAUGCUAAUAUUGGCACUGAGCAGCGUUUUACUAGCAGCCCUCCGUUAGCGUCUGAUGCUAAUAUUGGCACUGAGCAGCGUUUUACUAGCAGCCCUCCGUUAGCGUGUGAUGCUAAUAUUGGCACUGAGCAGCGUUUUACUAGCAACCCUCCGUUAGCGUCUGAUGCUAAUAUUGGCACUGAGCAGCGUUUUACUAGCAGCCCUCCGUUAGCGUCUGAUGCUAAUAUUGGCACUGAGCAGCGUUUUACUAGCAGCCCUCCGUUAGCGUCUGAUGCUAAUAUUGGCACUGAGCAGCGUUUUACUAGCAGCCCUCCGUUAGCGUCUGAUGCUAAUAUUGGCACUGAGCAGCAGUCUUAUGCAACGUGUUUAUUAAUGCAGGCAGAGAACGUCAGAAAUACUGGAUUAAAACGUAAUUUUUUAACGAAACAUCUCCUCAGUGAGACCACAGAGCUCUGAAUCUGGAUGAUGUUUUGGAGUUCGUUCUGAAUGUAAACGUACAGUUUUUACUGAUUUAUGGGAUUUAUGAAAAUCUGCAUUAAUUAGAAAAUAAUUUCGUUUUUCAUGUUAUUAGAUGAAACUUGCCAACAAUGAGAUGUUAUUCAGAAUAUAUAGUUACCUAAAGCAACAGAGAACAAAACAACCACAAAGAGACACAAAACGGCCACAAAGAGACACAAAACAACCACAAAGACACAAAACGGCCACAAAGAGACACAAAACAACCACAAAGACACAAAACGGCCACAAAGAGACACAAAACAACCACAGAGACACAAAACAACCACAAAGAGACACAAAACAACCACAAAGACACAAAACGGCCACAAAGAGACACAAAACGGCCACAAAGAGACACAAAACGGCCACAAAGAGACACAAAACAACCACAGAGACACACAAAACAACCACAGACACAAAACAACCACAGAGACACAAAACAACCACAGAGACACAAAACAACCACAAAGACACAAAACAACCACAGAGACACAAAACAACCACAGAGACACAAAACAACCACAACGAGACACAAAACAACCACAGAGAGACACAAAACAACCACAGAGAGACACAAAACAACCACAGAGACACAAAACAACCACAGCGAGACACAAAACAACCACAGAGAGACACAAAACAACCACAGAGAGACACAAAACAACCACAGAGACACAAAACGGCCACAAAGAGACACAAAACGGCCACAAAGAGACACAAAACGGCCACAAAGAGACACAAAACAACCACAGAGACACAAAACAACCACAGCGAGACACAAAACAACCACAGAGAGACACAAAACAACCACAAAGAGACACAAAACAACCACAAAGACACAAAACGGCCACAAAGAGACACAAAACGGCCACAAAGAGACACAAAACGGCCACAAAGAGACACAAAACGGCCACAAAGAGACACAAAACAACCACAGAGAGACACAAAACAACCACAGAGAGACACAAAACAACCACAGAGACACAAAACAACCACAGAGAGACACAAAACAACCACAGAGACACAAAACAACCACAAAGACACAAAACAACCACAGACACACAAAACAACCACAGACACACAAAACAACCACAGAGACACACAAAACAACCACAGAGAGACACAAAACAACCACAGAGAGACACAAAACAACCACAAAGACACAAAACAACCACAAAGACACAAAACAACCACAAAGACACAAAACGACCACAGACACACAAAACGACCACAGAGACACAAAACGACCACAGAGAGACACAAAACGACCACAGAGACACAAAACAACCACAGAGAGACACAAAACGAGCACAACGAGACACAAAACGAGCACAACGAGACACAAAACGAGCACAACGAGACACAAAACGAGCACAACGAGACACAAAACGAGCACAACGAGACACAAAACGACCACAGAGACACAAAACGACCACAAAGAGACAAAACGACCACAAAGAGACAAAAAACAACCACAGAGACACAAAACGACCACAGAGACACAAAACGACCACAGAGAGACAAAACAACCACAAAGAGACACAAAACAACCACAGAGACACAAAACAACCACAGAGAGACACAAAACAACCACAAAGAGACACAAAACAACCACAGAGACGCAAAACAACCACAAAGAGACACAAAACAACCACAAAGAGACACAAAACAACCACAAAGAGACACAAAACAACCACAAAGAGACACAAAACAACCACAGAGGCACAAAACAACCACAAAGAGACACAAAACAACCACAGAGACACACAAAACAACCACAGAGACACAAAACGACCACAAAGACACAAAACGACCACAACGAGACACAAAACGACCACAAAGAGACAAAACGACCACAGAGAGACACAAAACAACCACAGAGACACAAAACAACCACAGAGAGACACAAAACAACCACAGAGACACAAAACGACCACAGAGAGACACAAAACAACCACAGAGACACAAAACAACCACAGAGAGACACAAAACAACCACAGAGACACAAAACGACCACAGAGAGACACAAAACGACCACAAAGACACAAAACGACCACAACGAGACACAAAACGACCACAACGAGACACAAAACGACCACAACGAGACACAAAACGACCACAAAGAGACACAAAACGACCACAGAGAGACAAAACGACCACAGAGAGACAAAACGACCACAGAGACGCAAAACAACCACAGAGAGACGCAAAACAACCACAGAGACGCAAAACAACCACAGAGACACAAAACAACCACAAAGAGACACAAAACAACCACAGAGACACAAAACAACCACAGAGAGACACAAAACAACCACAGAGACACAAAACAACCACAGAGAGACACAAAACGACCACAGAGACACAAAACGACCACAGAGAGACACAAAACGACCACAAAGACACAAAACGACCACAACGAGACACAAAACGACCACAAAGAGACAAAACGACCACAGAGAGACACAAAACAACCACAGAGACACAAAACAACCACAGAGAGACACAAAACAACCACAGAGACACAAAACGACCACAGAGAGACACAAAACAACCACAGAGAGACACAAAACAACCACAGAGACACAAAACGACCACAGAGACACAAAACGACCACAAAGACACAAAACGACCACAAAGACACAAAACGACCACAACGAGACACAAAACGACCACAACGAGACACAAAACGACCACAAAGAGACACAAAACGACCACAGAGACACAAAACAACCACAGAGACACAAAACAACCACAGAGACACAAAACAACCACAGAGGCACAAAACAACCACAAAGAGACACAAAACAACCACAAAGAGACACAACAUGACCACAAAGAGACACAAAACAACCACAGAGGCACAAAACAACCACAAAGAGGCACAAAACAACCACAAAGAGACACAAAACAACCACAAAGAGACACAAAACAACCACAGAGACACAAAACAACCACAGAGAGACACAAAACAACCACAGAGGCACAAAACAACCACAAAGAGACACAAAACAACCACAAAGAGACACAAAACAACCACAGAGGCACAAAACAACCACAAAGAGACAGAAAACAACCACAAAGAGACACAAAACAACCACAGAGGCACAAAACAACCACAAAGAGGCACAAAACAACCACAAAGAGACACAAAACAACCACAAAGAGACACAAAACAACCACAGAGACACAAAACAACCACAGAGAGACACAAAACAACCACAGAGAGGCACAAAACAACCACAAAGAGACACAAAACAACCACAAAGAGACACAAAACAACCACAGAGGCACAAAACAACCACAAAGAGACACAAAACAACCACAAAGAGACACAAAACAACCACAAAGAGACACAAAACAACCACAGAGACACAAAACAACCACAAAGAGACCCUAAACAUUGGUGUCUGUCUGCAUCGGGUUUCAGCCAAUCACAGAGGGACCUGCAGAAUGUCAAGCAGCUGGUUUUAGUGUUUUAAUGUCAGAAACCGAAGCAGGAAGUUAACUGGAUCAAGUGUAGUUUGUUGUUCCUGGACCAACUUGUGUAGUUUUGUGUCUGAGCAGAGCCGUCCAGCAGACUGGUGGUUCCAGCAGGUUCAGACCUUCUUUACUGCUUCAGUCAAAUGAAGACCACAUGACAUCUGAGAACCAGCUGAACCUGCUGCCGACAAAUCUAGAAAAAUUUGGGACCAUUUUUGCGUAAUUUUAGCCAAGUUCUGGUUAAAAAAAAAAAAACUGGCUCCAGAUCUGUCCAGGAGUCCCAGUCUAAAGAAUAAAUCUGUUCUAUUGGUGCUGAUGUGAGCCUUAAAGUUUUCCCAGAAUGACCUUUUUAAAGUUUUCUCUGGUGAAUGAUCAGAAACAGAACCACAUCCAGGGCACCUUCUAGGACUCGUGGAGGUUCAGGAUGUUCUCAGAAGCUCUUCCCCAGCAGGUUCUAUCUGCUGACGUGAUGAAGGAGGAGCUGGUUGUAGCUUAGUGCAGAUUAAGUCCAGAUUUACUGAAGGAUUCCUGUUCCCUCUCUGGUUCUUCAGCUUAUGUUGCAGAGAUACCUGCUGGUUCAGGAGAAGAUGAAGAACUAUAGAAAGAAUAAACACAAACUCUGGUUGUUUUCUACGUUCUUUAGGUGAUCAUUUCCUAAACAAGAGCUUUCCACAAAAGCCACAGACUAACAGCUUUACAGACUUAGCUAUUGUUUGUCUGGAUUGUCCAGGAACCAGCUGGCAGCAGAUCAGAUGUUUGAUCUUCUCACCUGUUCCAAGGUUUCUUCUGCUUCUGUCUUAAUUAUCAGUUAUUAGUUUAUUUACUCUUUCUCAGUAGAUUAACUGAAAUGUUCUACUUUUUUACACUGAAACACCUGAAAUAAUUCACCUUCCAGUGAAGCUGAACUGAUUCUGCUGAUGAUGCUAAGCUAAUGCUAACAUUGAGAGGUUAGCUUUGCCUCUUAGCCUGUGGCUAAUGCUAGCUGUAGCAGCGUAGCAUGUUCCUACAGUCAGAUUAACUUUAACUGACAGUAAAACAACCAGGAAGUGAACAGGAAGCACAAACAUCAACACUAACCAGAACAUUAGCUGCUAAUGCUAUGCUAACGGCUAGCAGUUAGGCUAACAGGAA